AUGGAGAGGAGGCUGCUGGGAGCUGCCGUUCUCCUCUGCCUGUUGGAUGUUCUCCAUGCUUAUGCAAUUGAAGAGAAAGGAGAUGUGUUCAAGAGAAUGGCUUGUCCCGCUUUCCUGAUGUUUGACAACGCCGCUUACUUGGCUGACAUGACCUUUGAGCUCCCUUGCAAUUGCAAACCCGAAGAGAUCUCUUCUGUUGUCUGGUACUUCCAGAAGAAGAUGGGCAGCCAGAAAACCACAGUCCUGACAGACUUUGCAGGUACUGUGGUUGUUGACUCGGGCCAUAUCCAUGCCGACUCGGGACACUACCUGUGCGGCACUAAGGAAGGUGACUUCUUUUAUGGCUAUGACGUGGAUGUGCAGCCCACCAAGCACAUCACCGUGGCUUUUAUGGACAGAGGCCAGCAUGUCCAGGAUGACUACACGGAGAAGCUCUUCAGCCUCUUCACCACCUUCUGGGACUGGACCAGGUGUGACCGCUGUGGGGUGAGAGGCGAGCAGCGGCGGAUCGGGCUCUGCUAUGUGCAGAGCGCCCAACUGCACCCUCGAUACCGCACCACUGUGCCCAACGUCACGUCCUGUGGCUCGAAGCGUGUCCCCCACCGUUCCCGCCUCCGGAGACCCGAGGUGGCCAUCCGAAGCUGCCUGACCCCUUGCCUGAAGGAGGAGGUCCCCGAGGAAGGCGUGCAGGCCAUCUCCAAUGUCAUUUCCAAGCUGGGCACGAAGCCCUGGCUGCCUCAUGUCCCCACGCAGUUUCACAAGCAGCCCGGUGGAAGUGACCUCAUAAUCGCAUGCCCGGGAGCCCGGCCUGAGCAUGCUGUGGCCUGGGACAAAGACUCUGUCCGGCUCUACCGUUCCCGCUACCUCAUCGGUGUCAGGAAGAACAUGCGAGUAUUCAUCGACCAUGGAAACCACCUGCACAUCCAGCGGGUCCGGGUCAGCGACAGAGGCACCUACUUCUGCUGGCGGGAGGGCAAGAUGGUGGCCGGCUUCCGGCUCCGCGUGACCUACCAGCACCAGCGCCGACGGACACUCAAUGAUCCCGAGACAAUCUAUGCCAUCAAGGCCAUCGGUAUGAGCUACCUCCUCAUCAGCAUCAUCUUCAUUGUCAUCCACGUGGGCCGCUGCUGCCGGCGGGUGUUCAGGUGCCCUGCCAGGAUAUAG